AUGGCAGACAAGCCGUGGACACGGGGGGGGGGGGGAAUUGCCAGCUUUGAUGAGGCCAAGCUGAAGAAGACCGAGACACAGAAAAACACCCUGCUGACCAAAGAGACCACUGAACAAGAAAAGAGGAGUGAAAUUUCCUAA